AUGGUGGCGACAGAGGCAUCCCAGCCUUCAUUCCCGCGAGCUGGCACAGAGAUCAUCACCGAGGGUGAUAUGCUGGCAGCGCUUCCUGUGCCCCGCUGCUCCUCGGAAGUGAUCAAGCCCUCGGAGCUGUUCCUGGACUUGAUGAUGCUCGACCCGCUGAAGAAGGACUUGUCCCCCGCCGCGCGUGGCAAGAGUACCUCCUCGACCCUGCCGACACAGACGCAGCCGGUCCAGAGGCCCAGCAGCCGACCACAGCAGAAGACGGGGAGUCCAGCCAAGGUGGCUCGACCUGCGGCUGCGGUUCAGGACUCGAAGCCCAUAAUCGACUGGAGCCAGCCAGCGCAGCCUUGUCAGGCUCAGGCGCCGGCCCAGCCAGCACAUGCAGCCACGCUGCCGGCGUCUGCCUCUGCAGGGCCCUUGGGUCAGACGAUUCCGCCCCCGCCCUCUGGCUUUACGCCGGUGCCGAUGGAGAGCUACCAAUACGGCCAGCCCGUCAGCCGCUCGACCGCCCGAUCUUCAGGUCCGGUUUCUUCGAUGCCCAGGGAAGCCUCACCAACCAGCUCCCCAAGCAAGGUGUGUGCAGCCAGCUCCUACUCGCUGCAGCUUCCUCCCAAGGCCGCCCCGGCCCAGGUGCUUCACCCUGGCCUGCUGCAGCAGGCUUUUCCAGCCUCCGGCCACUGUAGCUCGUCCAUGCCACUCACUGCUUUUGCCUCCUCCUUGGCGGCAUCGGACCAACCGUGGUGCCCACAGCCGAACAUAAACGCAGGACGCAGCGUUGCAGUACCUAGCACUACGCCAAGGGUUCAGCCAUGCUGGCCGCCGACACCGGCCACCCUGCCCACGCAGUACCGCCAGAUUCCGAUGCCGCCUGGCGGACAAACUGGACCUCAGCUGAUUCAAGGUGCUCGAGCCUGGCCCCAGUCAGCCGCCUCGCCGCUGCAGGCGGCGCGCGGGCCGACUUCAGCGGUGGCGAUGCAGCCCCAACCUGCGUCGAAGUUUGCAGCCUCUGCAGCCCAAGCGGCCACGCCCAGCCCCUCGGCCCUGGCACCGACGGCGAACGCGCGUUCGCCGAUGAUGGCGCCCUUGGCAGCCCCGGCACCGGGCGCCCCAGCUUUUACACCCACUGGGGUCUCUGGAGGCUACCCAUGGCGGACAAUGCCUCAGCCCUAUGUCUACCAGGCCUAUCCUCGGCCCUGUGCUGCUCCUGCAGCCUCGAUGCCGCUCCAGCGAGCAUCGAUGCCGAUGCCGCAGCCACACUCGCAAGCCUACAGGCUGGGCGCACCCGCGCAGCCACAGCAAUCUCGGCCUUUGCUGGCGCAGGCACCCUACCAGCGGAUGGCGGUGCAGCCCAGUCGGCCAGGUCUUGGCGCUGCAGAGGUGGCGCAGAUGGCUGCGGCACGGAGCAUGUUCCUUAUUCGGCUUCUGCCAGAUGUGGUCUUCAACCAGCUUUCUGGUAAUGCAAUUUUCUGGUUUGUCCCGGUCCCGCCCAGUGGGCGACUACGCCGCCAAGGAGGUCCUGAAGCCAAGUGCUCCUUCGCAGUUAUCGGCCUUCUUGAUGCUUAUGCUUUGGCAUGUACCGAGGAGGAAGAUGACAUCCUGAUGGAUGCUUUCGUCCACCCACUCCUCGAGCGAUUCAGCGUGUGCAAGGACUUCUGGAGCAAGGCCCGGACAUGGACCCGCGAGGAUACCACACCUGCUCCUGGCGUUCUCUGCGUGCCGCUCCAAGCAUUCGCAGCUGCCAACCGACGGGUGCGUAUAGCAGUGCUCCCUUGGCAAGCCAUGGCCCUGCGCAUCCUUGCAGCCCUUCUCGCAUUUGUGGCCGCACGCGGCGAGGACAUCGAGGCUGCGAUGGCCGCAGACGACACCUGUGCCUCAGGCGGCGACUGCAGCCUGGAGCUCCACCAGCUGCGCGGCAUGAAGGUCGACUACCUGGAGGCUUUGGAGGAUGCCUCCAAUGAUGAGGAAGAUGAGGAGGAAGCCGUGUACGUGGAAGAGGAGGUGGAGGGCGGUAGCUGCACCAACGCCAACGACAUGAAGGUGUGGAAGCAUGGUGGAAGGAAGAGCUUCGACGCAUCCCUCAACCACUGUGGCCGCUCCUGCGCUGCCGGCUAUCCGUGCACCAAGGACUGCAUGCAGAAGAAGGGCUACUCGGCGGGCUGUGCAGGCUGCAUGGCCCAGUUGGUGGGCUGCUCGAGGGACCACUGCAUGAACCAAUGCAUUACCAACGACAAGGCACCCGCGUGCACGCACUGCGUCAAGUCCAGCUGCCGACCCAAGAUGAAGGCUUGCAGCGGGCUCAAUGCUGGCGGCCACUGA